ACAACUUUCGGGAACGGAUUUAAUUACACAUUACGAGCAUAAAUUCACUACUAUUUUGUAAUUCAGCAAAGUUAGUCGUCUACAAUAGCGCUACUAUUAUUAAUAAACCUCGGUUAAGAGACUUCCUGAUUUGCCGUUCCGCAUUUUCUGGUAGAUACUUUUUCACUGUCAAAGAGGAAUGUGUUUUUAAGUUCGGAUUCGGAUAGGUACUUGUGCAAGUUUUUUUAGCUUACUAUAUUCAUACAAGUGAAUCUUAAAGGCACAAACAUUUAUUUUAUAAAAAUGUUACGAUCUGUGAUAGUGUUGUUACUUUCUUCUGUAAUAAUUAGUCAAGUUAGUGGCUACAGAAUAUUAGGAAUUUUCCCACUGAAUAGCAGAAGUCAUGAAAUGAUGUUCGAAGCUCUAAUGAAAGGGUUGGCGAAACGUGGACAUCAAGUUGAUGUAGUGACGCACUUUAGUGUUAAAAAUCCACCCAAAAACUACAAAACUGUUGUUAACCUAGCUGGAACAAUGGAGACACUCGUCAAUAAUUUCACAAUAGAUUUUGCUCUUAGUGUGAGAGGUGACGUUGGCUAUCACGUUGCUACUACAUUUGGCAAUAGAUUAUGCAAUUUGUUGGCUCUAAAGGAAAUGCAAGACCUCAUUCAUAAUCCGCCAAAUGAUCCACCGUACGAUGUAUUAAUUACUGAGGCUUUUGGAUCAACCUGCUUCAUGGGAAUUGCUCAUCAUUUCAAUAUUCCAAUAGUCGCAGCUUCUUCAGCUGUAGAGUACCCUUGGGUCAGCGAUUUCACAGGAAAUAAUGACAAUCCCGCUGUUGUGCCAAAUGCUUUAUAUAUGGCGUUUGGGCAGUUAAAUUUCUGGCAACGGCUGGAAAAUACAAUUUUAUAUCAUAAGGAAGUAAUGAGCUAUCACUCAUUGACUGACAAAUUUCAAACCGAUAUAAUGAGAAAAUAUAUAAAUCCAAAUAUACCAAAUAUUAGGGAAGUCGAAAGAAGUGUAGCCUUGACAUUAGUCAACAGUCAUCCAAUACUUUUUGGUGUUAAGUCUGUUUUGCCAACUGUAGUUCAGACUGCUGGUUUACAUAUAGAAGAAAAUGAUGCGACCUUACCGAAGGAUUUAAAAAAAUGGAUGGAUGAAAGUAAAGAUGGAGUCGUUUACUUUACUUUCGGAUCAAUGGUGAUAAUUGAAACACUGCCAGUAGAUAAAUUAAAAGCAUUGUACGCUUCGUUCGCUAAAAUAUCACCAGUACGCGUACUGAUGAAAAUUGCUGAUAAAACUAAGUUACCGCCUGGUUUGCCAAAUAAUAUAUUGACUUUACCAUGGAUACCUCAACAACCUAUAUUAGCCCACAACAAUACGAAAGCUUUUAUGACUCAUGGGGGCUUAAUGGGAAGUCAGGAAGCGCUGUAUUAUGGCAUUCCAAUGAUUGGAGUUCCUAUAUUUGCUGAUCAACCUCGUAAUGUUGCAUCUUUUGUAGCUAAAAACAUGAGCAUACAACUCCAAUUAGAAGAUAUUUCCGAAGAAACCUUGGAUGCAGCUUUAAAAGCUAUUCUUUUUGAUCCAAAAUAUAGGAUGAGUGCGAAACAUCAUUCAAAGCUGUUCAAAGAUAAUCCACUUAGUUCAAUGGAUAGCGCUGAAUUUUGGAUUAAAUAUAUUAUAAGAAAUGGUCCACACGUAUUGCGACCACCAUCUUUAAAUCUUACAUGGUGGCAACUGGCUUUACUUGACGUUUACGCUUUUAUUAUCCUGGCAUCAAUUAUGGCAAAACUAGUACUUUAUUAUGCAUUGAAAUUCAUCUUGCAAAAGUUUGGGAUAUGUACGAAGUCGAAUCAAAUACGAAAUGAAAAGAAAAGGAAUUGAUUAUACUGGAAAAACGUACACUAUUAUUACGCAAUAUCCAAAGAAUAAUCAAUUUUUUUUCUUAAACACCUUAUAGUUAUCAAAAACCAAAUUUCCAUAAUAAGAUAAAAUAGGCCUCUAUUCUCUAUGUGUUCGUGCGUCUUACCGUUUCACAGCUGGGGAUAUGGUAGAAAUCUACUUUAUUUCAAUACGAUACUGAUGGGGUAUGCGAAGUUUUUCAAGCUUUUAUGAGAGGGCAGCAGCUAUGCUAAUUCGAAGGGAUUGACGGUUCCACGUGAUUCAGUAAAAUAUUAUUUUUCUCAUUGUAAAAAAAAGUAUAUCACUCGAAAAGGUGUAGUAUUCCAAAUGAUUAUAACUCUAGAAUACUCUAAUUCUUGAAGAUCGUCGCCAAAAUUGCAUCAAUAAUUGCAUCAAUAAUAAUAAUACGAAGCUCGAUGACGUUUUAUAAAACUUCAAUUGUACAAAGCAUAAACAAAAAAUCAUAGAAUAUUUUGUCACAAUAAAUAUGAUACGAAAAAAUCACGCCCAUAUAAUCAAGUGAAUCAGUACAGAAGUGGAA